AUGGCUUCCAUGUUUAGCGCUCAAAUACUGGAAGCCUUUCGCAAAAUAUACGGUCGGUUAGUGACGGACCUGGGAGUUCACCCUAUUCAAUCCCAGCAUGUCAUCGCCUUUUGGAAUUGGCUUGAAUUUCAGCCCGGAAAUCACCAUUUUCUCUUUAGGAUCAUAUCCUGGCCAGAUGUCAGUCUCAAAGUGGUAUUCAAAGAGGCACUUGUGUGCUUAUUUUACCUGCGUAAAGAAGGAUUCCCAUUACCUUUUGAUAUGAUUGAUCGAUGUAUCCCAUUAACGCGUUCUGUUUUUAGAGAGACUUUGUCUUUUAGGAAUCUUUAUGCGGAGCGAAAGAGCGGCCAAUCCAAGAUGACAGCAUUCAACACGUAUGUGUGCGAAAGAGCCUUCACUACCACCGAUCAUCGUAUGCUUCCGCCGCCAAAUUCGAGCAAUCCAAGGCAAUUUUUUCAGGCCCCCGAGUUUGUUUCAAAAGCUCCCGGGGCCGGCCGUUUCUCUCUGGCGAAGCCUAGAGACACCACUUUCUUUCUUACCGGCUCUCCGAACAAUCCUCUUUCACCAACAGAAGUUCAAGAUUUCAUUGCAAGGUAUAAGAAUUGUUUAGAGACAACGUAUAUGGAUGAGCCGCCGAAGAUGCUCCACGUAUAUGCAUUUCUCGUGGUUCGCUCCCCUUCAGACGUUGAACGAAUUCUUGGAGGAAACAAAAGUAGUGCUACUAAAUUCUCAGUUAAUGGAAAAGAUGUUUGGAUGAAACUCCUUUCCGGCUUGACCCAUUCUUCUCAUUCGGUUCAUCGCUCUACCAACAACGGCGGCAGCGGCAGUAGCAGCAGAUAG